UUGAGCAGCUCAUCUCACAAAGAUACAGUCUAACUGCUUCCAUACACUGAACAGCACAUACAGGGAUAGGUACGCUCACAUUUUUAAAAACAUGACUGGAAUUGUAGACAAAAUUAAACAUAGACGAGACAAAUCGCAUGGAGUUGGAACAAACGCUCAGGCGAUAAAAUAUCUCAACCAGGACUUUGAGGAGUUGAGGAGAGACUGCUUGGACAGAGGACGGCUGUUUCAGGAUGACUGCUUUGACGCUGUCCCUUCAUCUUUAGUUAAUGAACUCGGACCAAAUUCCUACAAAGUUCGAGGUAUCACUUGGAAAAGGCCAAAGGAACUAUGCAGCGACCCACAGUUCAUUGUCGAAAAUGCCACCAGGACUGAUAUCUGUCAAGGAGCACUUGGUGACUGCUGGCUUCUGGCAGCUAUUGGUUCCUUAACCCUCAGCAAAGAGGUCUUGGUUCGGGUGGUACCCCAUGAUCAAAGCUUUGAGGACAACUAUGCAGGCAUCUUCCACUUUGAGAUCUGGCAGUACGGCAACUGGGUGGACGUGGUUGUUGAUGAUCGUUUGCCCACCAGAGAUGGUGAACUGCUGUUUGUCCACUCAGCCAAUGGCUCAGAGUUUUGGAGUACGCUGCUGGAGAAGGCCUAUGCCAAGUUAAACGGAAGCUAUGAGGCCCUUUCUGGAGGCACCACCACUGAGGGCUUUGAGGACUUCACUGGAGGCAUUGCUGAAAAGCACAAGCUGGCGAACCCUCAUCCACAUCUUUUCAAAAUCAUGAAGAAAGCCCUGCAGAGAGGCUCUCUCCUGGGAUGCUCCAUUGAUAUCACCAGUUCGGCCGACUCGGAAGCUGUCACAUAUCAGAAGCUGGUGAAAGGCCAUGCCUACUCUGUAACUGGAGCAGAGCAGGUGGAAUACAGAGGAAGCAUGGAGCAGUUAGUUCGGAUUCGAAACCCCUGGGGUCAGGUGGAGUGGACUGGAGCCUGGAGUGAUGACUCGUACGAGUGGAGAGAAGUGCCUGAUGAAGAUCGGCAAAGGCUGUCCAACCGCUCUGAAGAUGGAGAGUUCUGGAUGUCCUAUUCGGACUUUCUGCGCAAAUAUUCCCGCCUUGAAAUCUGCAACCUCACCCCUGAUGCACUCACCAGUGACGAGUACUUAAAGUGGUCAGAAACAGAGUUUGAGGACACGUGGAGAAGAGGAAUGUCAGCUGGUGGCUGCAGAAACUACCCACAUUCUUUCUGGAUGAAUCCUCAGUUUGUAAUAAAGUUGGAGGAGGUGGAUGAUGAUCCUGACGAUGGUGAGACGAACUGCACUGUGAUUGUGGGCCUGAUGCAGAAGGACCAGCGCCGUAUGCGGAAAGAUGGACAAGACAUGGAGACGAUUGGCUUUGCCAUCUACGAGCUGCCUGAGGAGUUUUGUGGCCAAAGACAAGUGCACCUGCAUAAAGACUUCUUCUUACGCAACUGUUCUGCAGCUCGUUCUGAGACGUUCAUCAACCUGCGAGAAGUGUCCAACCGCAUAUCCCUUCCCCCAGGAGAAUACCUCAUCGUCCCUUCCACCUUUGAACCUGAUAAAAACGGAGACUUUUUUAUGCGAGUGUUUGCUGAGAAACCAGCUGAUUUCCAAGAGAUCAAUGAUCCCAUAGAGUGCAAUGUCAAAGAGUUUGACAUCGAUGAAGACGACGUGUCUGACCGAUUCAGGAGCUUGUUUGAACAGCUUGCUGGACAUGAUGUGGAAAUUUCUAAAUUUGAGCUACAAAAAAUCCUCAACCGUGUGCUGACCUCAAGAGAGGACAUCAAAACUGAAGGGUUUAGCUUGGCUACUUGCUACAACAUGAUUAACCUGCUGGAUAAAGAUGGAACUGGAAAACUGGGACUUGUGGAAUUUCGGAUCCUAUGGGCAAAGAUUGAGCAUUACCUGGACCUGUACAAAGAGAGAGAUGUGGAUCAAAGUGGCACCAUGAGCUCCUCUGAGAUGCGCAUAGCGGUGGAGGCUGCUGGCUUCUCUCUCAACAAUACACUGCAUCAGGUGGUUGUGGCCCGCUACAGCGAGCCGUGCCUCACCAUUGAUUUUGACAACUUUGUGUGCUGCCUGAUCCAAUUGGAGUUGCUCUUCAAGACCUUCAAAAGUCUGGAUGAGGACAACUCUGGAGUGAUCGAGUUGAAUAUGUGUCAGUGGCUGGAAGCGUCGAUGAUGUAGAGGAGCUAACACAGAUGAAGAAACUGGACUUGUGAACAGCUUUGCAUAUACACCAGUCUUAUUUUUCUUCACUUUUUUUUUCCACAGCAAAAAUGAAUAUUGAGGGAAAUUUAUAAUUGGUGGCUGUAUAUUGUAAUGGCCAAUCCAAAUAAAAUUACAAUAAACCAUCUGUUUACUCAGCAUUCACUAAAACAGUUGUUCAAAAUAAUAGCAGUGUCUUUAAAAAGUGAAUAAAGCUCAAAAUCCUUAUAGCUUUGAUUUCCAUACAUGGAAAUACUGCACAUUCUAUUCCAAAUCAAAAUAUCAAGAAAAUUGUAUCAGAUUUAUUACUUUACAGAAAGUGAAGAAAAAGGUAUAUUAGGCUGUUCAAAAAAAAAAAAAAAAAGAGUAAUCCCAGAUUUCUGACGUCCGCCGAUCUGGAUCACCUCCAAAAUUCAA